GUGAGUAUGUGGACCGCCAGUUAUGCCGUGAUGCCAUCCUGCCCAUGCCCAUCAUCUGUGAGGUGCCUUGCCCCAAGGACUGUGUCCUCAGUCCCUGGACCACCUGGUCCCUGUGCUCACACACCUGCUCCGGGAAGAACACAGAGGGAAGGCAGAUGAGAGCACGCUCUGUACUGGCCUACAGCGCAGGGGAAGGCGGGGUCCAGUGCCCCAACAGCAGUGCUCUCCAGGAGGUGCGGAGUUGCAACGACCACCCUUGUACUGUGUACCACUGGCAGACAGGACCCUGGGGACAGUGUAUCGAGGACACCUCGGUCCCCUCUGCCAACUCCACAGGGGCUCGGGCCGGAGUUGGGGGAGGGGACUCCUCAUGCUCUGUGGGGAUGCAGACACGGAAGGUCAUCUGUGUACGGGUCAAUGUGGGACAGGUGCCACCCAAAAAGUGUCCGGAGAGUAUUCGUCCUGAGACAGUCAGGCCUUGCCUCCUGCCAUGUAAAAGAGACUGCAGCGUCACCCCCUACAGCGACUGGAGCGCCUGCCCUGCCAUAUGCAAAGCAGGCGGCAACGCGAAAAGGAAACAGAACAGGAAACGCAUCAUCAUCCAGCUGCCGGCCAAUGGGGGACAGGACUGUCCGGAGGUGUUGGCUCAGGAGAGAGACUGUGAGGUGCCGUCUGUCUGUCUGGGAUACAGGUGGAAGACACACAAGUGGCGGCGAUGCCAGUUGGUUCCCUGGUCCGUGCGUCAGGACAGUCCUGGAGCUGUGGAGACCUGUGGGCCUGGGCUGCAGGCUAGAGCUGUCUCAUGCCGGAAGCAAGAUGGGGGUCAAGCGGACAUGGGAGCAUGUCUGAAGUUUGCCAGCUCCAUGCCCUCUCUGACCCAGCCCUGCCAGCUCCCAUGCCAGGACGACUGCCAGCUAACCACCUGGUCCAAGUUCUCUUCCUGUACACAGGACUGUGUGGGCGUCAAGACCCGCAAGAGGAUGCUAGUGGGAAAGAGCAAAAAGCAAGACCAGUGUAAGAACAACCAGGUCUACCCCCUCAGUGAGAUCCAGUACUGCCCCUGUAACAAGUACAACGCCCAGCCCGUGGGGAACUGGUCGGACUGCAUCCUGCCUGAGGGUGGGCGCGUGGAGGGCCAGCUGGGCAUGAAGGUCCAAGGGGACAUCAAGGAGUGUGGCCAGGGCUACCGCUACCAGGCCAUGGUGUGUUACGACCAGGACAACAGGCUGGUGGAGACGUCACGGUGCAACAGCCACGGGUAUAUUGAGGAGGCUUGCAUCAUCCCCUGUCCGUCUGACUGCAAGCUCAGUGAGUGGUCAAACUGGUCACGAUGCAGCAAGUCCUGCGGCAGCGGGGUCAAAGUGCGUUCCAAGUGGCUGAGGGAGAAGCCUUACAACGGUGGUCGACCGUGCCCCAAACUGGACCAUGUCAACCAGGCUCAGGUGUAUGAGGUGGUGCCCUGUCUCAGUGACUGUGGUCAGUAUGUGUGGGUGGCUGAGCCCUGGAGUGUCUGGAAGGUCAGCAACGUGGACCUGAAGGAGAACUGUGGAGAAGGAGUGCAGACCAGAAAAGUCAGGUGUAUGCAGAACACUAUCGAUGGGCCGUCGGACCCUGUGGAGGAUUACCUGUGUGACCCAGAGAAGAUGCCUCUAGGGGCCAGAGACCGCCAGCUGCCCUGCCCUGAGGACUGUGUCCUGUCUGACUGGGGGGCCUGGAGCCGCUGCUCACUGCCAUGCAACAAAAUCAGCACUCGGGAGAGGACAACAUACCCCGUUCGUCAACCUGGAGAGGGAAAGCUGUGCCCCAACACCACGGAGACAGAGCCCUGCAGCCUCAACAGCAACUGCUAUCACUACUCCUAUAACAUCACCGAUUGGAGCACCUGCCAGCUGAGUGAGAGAGCUGUGUGUGGUAGUGGCAUGAAGACACGCAUGCUGGACUGUGUACGAAGCGACGGCAAGUCUGUGGACCUCAAGUUCUGUGAAGAGCUGGGGCUGGACAGGAAGUGGCAGAUGAACGCUUCCUGUGUGGUGGAGUGUCCCGUCAACUGCCAGCUAUCUGAUUGGUCACCCUGGUCCGAGUGCACACAAACCUGUGGACUAGCAGGUACGUCACCAUCUCCUUAA